CCAUCUAAAAUUUGGAGAGGAUUUCCCCAGCAGUCAACAUAGAUCUAGGCUACAGUAGUAACCGCACCGGUUCUUGGGCCCAUUGUAACUAUUCCAAAAUAAUGCAACUUGACUGAUGUUCUGUUGUCGUUGAUAAAGAUCUUGGUAUCCCUUCUGUAGAUUUAUUGCUAUUUUUUCAGAUUAGGAGACACUUGUUUGACCUUGCCGAGAAAUAACUUGUAGAUCUAGAUCUAGAUCUAGGCCUAGAAUCUAGACACUAGAUCUAGAUCUAGACUAUUUCGAAUUUCCUAGAGAGGCCUAUUCAUAGAGAAAUUAGAGAACGAUGUCGAUGAGCAAACGCUAUGUUAUUGUUUCCUCCAUAUCUUGCUUCGUCUCUUCUGCCUUUGUUGCACUAUUUUGCUUUCUCAUAACCGUUGGCAAUAUUGAUCUCAACAUUAUUGCCAACCCAACUGCUGGAAUAAAAGCUGCCCUAGUUGCUGUGAUGCUGCAGUGUACAGUGAGUGCAAUGGGUCUCUCACUGUUGUUUCCGGACCAAUUCAGUUUUCUGUCCAGCAAAGAUUCCAAAGUUCACUUUCAGGUUCUGAAUGCCUUAAAAUCUGGUCUGAUUUUGGCACUUUCCUGCACUUUAUUCUAUGGUCUUGCUGUUUGCUAUGGAGCCCCAGUCUACGCGAAAACUGCAGAAACGUUUCACUUCGCUGCUCUGCUGACAUGCUUAGUAUGCUUCCCUUGUUGUCUACUGGUAGGAUCAAGCAAGGAGGCCCUGGGCAGAAUUUUUUUUUUGGAUAGUUCUGACGUCGGUUUGGAGACAGUGGUCCUUGUUACCAGUGUCUGCUCUCUGCUGGGUGCCUGGCUUGGAGCUAUACCUAUACCUUUAGACUGGGACAGGCCGUGGCAGGAAUGGCCAGUCAGCUGUUCUUUGGGUGCCCUGGGAGGUUAUACCAUCGGGCUAUUUCUUGUAGCUAUUUAUCUGCCUAGGAGAUACAAGUUUAUACUCAAGUCCAAGUUUACCUAGCAUGUUUUACAGAUCCUGCAUUAUGUAUUAUGUUUAUGUUGUUGUAAAUAAAAAAGAUUAUUAUAUUUUUUAAA